GGGCGAGGACAAGGUGGGCGGGGCGAGCGAGCGGUCUGUCGUGUUAUUGCUUCGCUGAAGAAAUUGGGCGAUCCAUUCUCUCUCGCGGCUGCAGCCUCCGGAGCCUGUGGAAGCCAUGGGGGCGUACCUGAGCACCUUGGGAAACAUUGCACUGUCUCCAGUAUAUUUUGUAAUCAACUUGAUCAUGAGACUUUUCUCCAAAUCAAAGCCUUCCAUUACUCUAGAGGAUCCAGAAGUGAAAUAUGCAUUGAGGCUGAUCGACAAAGAGAAUAUCAGCCAUGACACCAGAAGGUUUCGUUUUGCCCUGCCAUCCCCACAACACGUCCUGGGCCUUCCUAUUGGGCAGCACAUUUACCUCUCUACAAGGAUUGAUGGGAAUCUAGUGAUCAGGCCCUACACACCAGUCAGCAGUGAUGAUGACAAAGGUUAUGUGGAUCUUGUUGUGAAGAUCUAUUUCAAAGGAGUUCACCCCAAAUUCCCCGAAGGAGGCAAAAUGUCACAAUACUUAGAGAACCUAAAGAAUGGGGACACCAUUGACUUCCGUGGACCCAGCGGACUGCUUGUGUAUAAAGGGAAAGGUGUAUUUGCCAUUCGUCCAGACAAGAAAUCUGAACCAGCUAUUAAGCAUGUGAAAAAGGUUGGGAUGAUCGCAGGAGGAACAGGAAUUACCCCUAUGUUGCAGCUCAUUCGGGCUAUAAUCAAGGACAAAGAUGACACCACUGUCUGUCACUUACUCUUUGCUAACCAGACUGAGAAUGAUAUUCUGCUGCGCCCAGAACUCGAGGAAUUGCAGGUUCAGCACCCAGCUCACUUUAAACUGUGGUACACAUUAGACAGAGCACCUGAAAAUUGGGAUUACAGCCAAGGAUUUGUGAAUCAAGACAUGAUCAAGGACCACAUGCCCCCACCACAAGAUGAUACUCUCAUCCUCAUGUGCGGCCCUCCUCCAAUGAUUCAGUACGCCUGCAUCCCCAACCUGGACAAACUGAACUAUUCCAAGGAGAUGAGAUUUGCCUACUAAACUGAAGUGGAGACAGGAUGUGUAGAAUGUGCUGGUGGGAAAGAACCUAGAAGGGAGCACUUUGGAUCAGCUGGGAACAAAACUUGUGGCAAAGCGUGGCUGAUGCAGAGGUGCGUUCACACGGCCUGCCAGAGUGUCUAUACAAGUUUGGGAUUGUUUCCAAUGUUAGAGCUCAUUGGAGGAGACCCAUUAAAACUAAUGGAACUUAAGACUAACAUUGGCUACAACCCUUUGUGUUUUUUCACCUAGUGCUGUGCUGGAAAUUUUAUAGACAGAUAACUAUGAUGUAUUUGGUAUUUUAGCUUUGCUCUGCUUAUCAGAUCUGUAAUAAGAGCACUGGAGUAUGUUAACGCUUUUUCCUAAUGAAUAAAGCAUUGAAGCCUGGCUGUUGCAAUACCAAAGAGUUUCUUCCCUAGAGUGUGUCUAUCCGAUCAAUAACCAGGUGUUGAGCUGAUAAUAAGUGGAGGAGGGGUUUUGUUCCAGCCAUCUCUGUCACAAAGCUUUGAAUGAGAGGGCUUGGAAUAUUUGUAUUUAAUGUGCAUGUUUUAUUCAUUAAUGCUUCAUUAUUGCCUUUAUUUGAAGAUGGGGUUUUCUGGCUAAUUUCGGAAAUUACUGUUUCCUUGAUGCAAACACAUGGGGGGAAACCUGUGUAUAGAAUGAGACCGCAGAUCAGUUUUACUUUCUCCACCAGCUUUCUAUCUUGCUAGUCAUUCCCAAGCAAAGCUUUAUGCACAUUCAUUCCUAAAGCCUUCCCUUCCCCAACUCUCCCAUUCUUUUUCAGUAGCAAAGAUUGUCUGACAUUGUAAUACAAAAUAUAUUUACAAGGAAAGAAGUCUGGCUUAUGGUCUACUUAAGCUGUAAUGAGUUUAGUUUAGAAGUGUCAAAUGUUCCAAGAAUGUUACAGUCAGUUGAAAAGCUAUGAAAAGAAAUAUUUCCUAUAUUUUAAAUAUAAUGUGUGCUUUUGUCUAAUAGGAUUUGAUAUUAAAAUACUAUGUUUUCCACUGUAUUUUGGAGUUCUGUCACAUUUUAGAUAAAGGGGAGAGUGAAACUACUGGAAUUCCAAAAAUGUGUGGAUUUGAAAAUACGUUAAAGUUGCUAACUAGUGGUCUCUCGUUCUUGAAGACAGACUCUCUCUUACUCACUUUGUGGCAGAAUUUCCUCCAGAGUGAAAUUUAGUACUUGUCUAAAAGUGUGUGUGAUUCAAGGUUUUUUUCUUAAACUUUUUAAAUUAACCUUAAAAGUCAGCACUCUAUCUAUUGAGAAAUAGAGCUAUGCACAAAACUGGUAGGUUCUUAACUCCCUUUCAAAGGAGCUUGGGCUUGUGCUCGUAGAUUGUUACUAGGCACUGCCUGUUUGACAGUGAAUGUUGGUGUUGGCGCUAUUACAGAGGAAGAUUUUUAACAAGAAUCACCCAGCUGGUACUAGGCUUCCUGAAAAAUGGUCAGAAGAAACAACAUCCUUCAAAUUAAACUAUUCAUGUCACAGGCACUUUUGAGACUUUAUACCAUGUAUGCAACUGAGAGCAAACAGCCCAAAAAACCCCAAAACACAAUGCUUUAGAAUAUUUGAUAAAUAUUGUUCUCAGCAGUAACUAAUAUGGACUCGUUGCUUCUUCUUUCAAUGCAGUCCAACUGUCUUUCUACACAGUCUUUCUGCCUCCACACACAGGAGGGCUUAUCAGACUUAAGCAUCAUUUUCCUCUUUCCUGUAAUGUACUUACCAGGCAAUUCAUGUCAACAUGCCCAACCUUGAAGCAUCUGAUUCAUUUCCAGCUCUCCUGCAUUCAGGCUGCUUGCAGCAAAAUCAGAAACAGUUGUGAAGUGUCUGAGAGGGAGUAAGCUACUGCAUACUAGAUGGUGCGGAUGGAGCUGCUGAAAACAUGCAAGGUCCUAUGUGAAGAAAGGAUUGCAUCCUGACACCAUAGCUUGCCUACUAAAGGUAAUAGCAUCAAGGGCUAUGCCAGAUGUUAUGCCAUUAACAUGUGCAUUGCUUUUGAAAAAGUAAAUUGCAUGGGGGGAGGAGGGGAUUGCCUGGAUUAGGAUAAAGUUGUCCCUCCCCAUUCCUGCAAUUUACUCUUUUAAUGCCACUCAUGCAGUUGCUAAUGGUGUGGUGUCUAGUUUGGUCCUCUUGAUUAAUGCUAGUAAAAGCAAAAGGUUGAGGAAAACAAACUCUAGAACAGUUCUACUAUCUAUACAUUAAAUUCCUUUAUCCAAAGGCACUUAAGGAAAAGGAGGCAAAGUCAGCAUAAAGUACCUGUUUUGCUUAAUGUUUAUACAUCACUGUGGGCAAAGGAGCCUUAACUUUUAUUAAAUGUAUUAUUGAUGUUGAAUAACUCUGGUUUGGUUCAAAUAAACGUUUGUAUUACUUUAUUAUCCAGUCUACUGAACUAUUGGAUUUUCGCAGAUCUUUGUGGUAGAAAUAAAACCUUGAUUUGCUUUAUCAUUAA